CGACGUUAGCAUCGUCUGGUCGUAGCGCCACCGUUCGUGUUCGUCCCUCUCUCUCUCUCUCUCUCUCUCUUUCUCUCAUUCACUUUCGUGGUUCUCUUUCGCGCGCAUUGUCACGGGAUGAUCGACGAGAGAUCAACCGGCUUCCACGAGUUACAUACGCGGGAUACGUGGGAGCGUCGUAAAUAACGUGUUUCCGCGAAGUGUGCGCUGUGUUGUUUUUCUCGGCGCGCCGUUUUUGUCAGUUGUUUAGGUUACGUCAGUAAGUGAGACACGAGCUUACCUCGGCCGGAGCAACAAGUGAGCACGUGGAAAAUACGCGACCUCGCUGGAUGUGGUGCCGUUGACGACGUCGUUGAUGAGAUUACCACUAGAGAUACUCCGUCUCGAGAAAGAUCGCAUCUCGGUAAAACGUCGAUGCGGGGAGAUCGGCCUCGUCAGGACAAGCUGCACUUGGAAUGCACGGAACAGUUGCGAAAUCGAAACGGGGUCACGUGAUAAAAACGAUCGUACGGAAGUUGGCCGAGUAGCCGGGCUUCUUGCGAUUCUCGCAAAGUGAAGUCCGCGGCAAGUUCGUGGCGAACACAACGGACGUUCUCGAACGUGCGUGGACGUGCGUGGGUGCUCGGCUUCACGGAGGUGAUACACGCUUCAGAAUUCUGCAUCUUCGUCUAGAUUGCGUGUGCCGACGAGCCUCGUUGACUUCUGUGUCUGUCUGUGGGACGAGUCGCGUCUACCUGGAGUAAGGUCAAAGUGGAUCGACAAGUGUGAGACACCGCUCUCGGGACACUGACCGUUGCGAAAUGAUCGCGGUAAUGGCUCCGGGAAUCAUGUCGGACGGAGAGAGAAGCACGAUGAGUCGACUUGUCACGUAAGCCAGGGGGGGGGGUGAGUUCACAGUGAUUAAUGUAUGACAAAUUACUGACGCGGUGUUGGAGACUCGCGAUCGUCGGCGGCGAAACGAAGUAGCGAGACGGCGAGUAGCAUCGAAAUUUUCGCGAUCGGUCGGUCGAAAGUGCUCGUUCGCGCUCGUUCGAAAUGGGGCGCAAAACGACGCGUUCUGACGAAUGACGAAUGCCAGUGCGGGGAUAAUAACGAUUGUGAGAAACGAUCCGGCGUUUUGCUCUCUUUUCCGAUUAAUGACUGUGUGAGUGUCGUCUAGUCAAUGGUCGUCUUUGUUCAGCUCGUAUCUGGAAUUGUGUGUGCGGGGACUCUUUUUUUCUCCUGGAUCAUGGCUGCUGCGAGGAGAUUCGCAAACAUCGUGACUUUCGUCAUCGUCCUGUUGAUGCUGCACCACGAUCUGCACGUCGUUCAAGCACGCGGAUUUAGGCGCAGCCUCAAGUACGGUUCGACCUUAAAGAACAGUAGCCUGUUCCCGUCUAUAUUCAACGUUGCCGCGAAAGCGGAGAUUUACGUGAACGCGACGUGCGGCGAGGAGGGUCCGGAGACGUUCUGCAAACCCUCGGAACCGUCGAGAUGCUCCGUCUGCGACUCCAGGAGCCCGGAUCCUGGCAAGAGGCAUCACAUCAGCAACGUGCUGCACCUGAAUUCCGGCAGGUGGUGGCAGAGCCCGUCAUUGGCCAGAGGUCACUACGAACACGUGACGAUUCUCCUGGAUCUCAAUCAGGUCUACCAAGUGGAGUACGUGAUAGUGAAGGCCGCGAACUCGCCGAGACCCGCCGCCUGGAUCCUGGAGAGGUCCUUGGACAGCGAAAACUUCCUGCCGUGGCAGUAUUACGCGCCGAAUGACGAGGAAUGCUGGUCGAGAUAUUCGACGCCGCCCACCGGCAGCAAACCCGUUUACAUCAGCGACGACCAUGUCAUCUGCACCAGCCAGCACUCCAAGCAGAUCCCCAUGGAAAACGGCGAGAUCCAUACGAAGCUGGUGAGCGGUCGGCCCGGGGCCCUGAGCCACAGCUCGACUCUGCUGGAAUUCACCCAGGCCAGAUACGUCCGGCUGCGUCUUCAGGGGCUUCAGCGCAGCGGCGAAUCCUCCGCGGACAAGCGGCAAGCCUUUUACUCCAUAAAGGAGAUCAACAUCGGGGGACGGUGUCUGUGUUCCGGACACGCGGCGCGAUGUCGGUACAGCGUGCAUCACGGGCAUCAGAAGUGCGAGUGCGAGCGUCACACGUGCGGCGAAAGAUGCGAGAAAUGCUGCCCCAUGUACAAUCAGAUCCCGUGGCGACCCGGCACCGCCGGCAAGGGCUUUCACUGCGAGAAGUGCAACUGCAACGGCCACGCAACGUCCUGCAGAUACGACCAGGAAGUAGCCAGGAAGAAUAUGUCCAUGGACAUUCAUGGGAAAUACCGAGGCGGCGGCAUGUGCGUCAAUUGCACGGAGCACACGGCCGGGAUCAACUGCGAGAAAUGCGAGGUCGGCUAUUACAGGCCGAAUGGUGUCGCACCUGACGCAUCGGAGCCGUGCAUCCCCUGCAAUUGCAACGUGCGUGGUAGCACCGGCUACUGCACUCCCGACGACUCGUACACCCACGUGGGAAAGGUAGCAGGUGCCUGCGAGUGCAAGCCGGGCUACUCGGGCUACAAGUGCGAUCAGUGCGCGGCCGGCUAUCAGCAGUUUCCCGACUGCAUGCCUUGCCCCUGCGACUCCCGCGGGAUCUUACCGUCUGACGACUGCGAAGGCUACUGCCUCUGCAAGGCGAACGUCGCCGGCGAGUUCUGCGAUCGCUGCAAACCUGGCUAUUUUGCCCUCACGAAAGACAAUCUUGACGGCUGCUCGCCCUGCUACUGUUUCGGCACGACCGACCGAUGCACCACCGCCAGACUAUCGUACAGCAUGAUUUCUACGCUGGAGAACUGGUUGGUGACCGACAUGAACGCGUCCCGAGCAGUUGUUCCCAUCUUGAAGACGGACGAUGGGUGGCUAACCAUGACGCCGUACGAGGUCAGCAGCCCUUUCUGGCUGGCGCCGCAAGUCUACUCGGGGAAUCGUGUAUCCUCGUACGGCAGUAAUCUUACGUACUCCGUUACGUGGGUCGUCAUACGAGGCGACAACAGUGGUAAACCGACCGUCGGGCCCAACGUUAUCCUGGUCGGUAACAACGGUUUGCGCAUCGCGUACGGCGAGGAGCAAUAUAGCGGCGAUAGAGCGGAGAUCUCGGUAUCUCUACGAGAACAGGGCUGGUAUCAUGUUCGGGAUGAUAUCCGGGACAUUCCGACGAGAUUAAGAAGAACCGAGUUUCGUGGCGAUCCUGUGACGAAGACCCAGAUGAUGCACGUUCUCGCCGACCUGAAGCACUUGAUGAUUAGGGCGCAAUACCAUUCGGGACAAAUCGAAGGAAGUCUUCAAUACGCCAUCCUGGCAACGGGCGAAUUUUCGCCGGACGGCGAGACCAACAAUCUAGUCGAAAUGUGCGAGUGUCCUGAGGGAUAUGAAGGCUUGUCCUGCGAGAGAUGCACCUGGGGAUACGCGAGAGUUGUCACCAACGGCACCAAUCUCCAGGACCAUCACAUAUGCGUGAAAUGCGACUGCAACGGCCACGUGGAGUCCUGCGACAUUUUGAUGGGCGAAUGCGGGACGUGUUUACAUCAUACGGUGGGCCCGAAGUGUGAUCGUUGCGCUAUAGGAUAUUACGGUAUCGCGACGAAGGGCACUAGUGAGGAUUGCGAGAAAUGCGCGUGCCCAUUGUCCAUUGAAUCCAACAAUUUUAGUCCGAGUUGUCAGCUUGACGAUCCCACUGAUAUUAAUAGUGGAUACGUGUGCACGCAGUGUCCCGAAGGAUACACCGGGGACCAUUGCGAAAGUUGUGACGUAGGAUUUUAUGGUAAUCCUUUGACUCCCGGUGGCACUUGCCAGCGAUGUCCCUGCAACGGCGGUGCCUGCGAUCAAGAGACGGGUCGCUGCUUGGAAUGCCGCGGGAACACCGAAGGCUGGAAAUGCGAGCGCUGCAAAGAAGCUCACUACGGGAAUCCCUUGGAGUUGAAUUGCAUGCCGUGCGAUUGCUCGACGCUCGGCAGCAGUUCGGUUCAGUGCGAUAAAACGACCGGUCAGUGUUCUUGCAACUCUCUGUUCACCGGUCGUGACUGCUCCUCGUGCAUCGAAGGUUACGGGAACGUGACCGCGGGUUGCCAGGAGUGCGAUUGCGACGUGGGUGCUCUCAACGGACUCUGCGACUCCGUGAGCGGUAUAUGCAGGUGCGCUCCAGGCGUCGUCGGCUCCCGGUGUGACCACUGCGACAUGGACCACUACGGUUUGACUUCGGACGGUUGCAACAGAUGCGGCUGCAGCAGCUUCGGCUCCACCAGCUCCGCCUGCGACAUCGUGUCGGGUCAAUGUCAGUGCAAGCCGCAGGUCGUCGGCAGACAAUGCAACGAGUGCAAGAUUGGUUACUGGGGAUUAGCAUCGGGAACAGGCUGCGCGACUUGCAAUUGCGAUACCAUGGGAUCCCGCAAUGUGUCCUGCCACAGCAACACAGGACAAUGCUACUGCAAGCCGGGCGUAGGCGGUUCGCGCUGCGAUACUUGUCUGUCUGGACAUUACGGAUUCUCGGCGAACGGAUGUCAGCUGUGUGACCCAUGUGUGCGGCCCGGCCACAUGUGCGACCCCGACACCGGUCGCUGCGUGUGCCCCAGUCUGACCUACGGCGAGCACUGUGACCGGUGCCGACCCGGCGCCUGGGACCUGGUGCCACGUGUCGGCUGCAGGCCCUGUGCAUGCACCCUCGGCGCCACGCGACCGCAGUGUGACCAUCAGGGCCAAUGUCCGUGCAGAAUCGGCUACGACGGGCUGAGGUGCGAGAGGUGCGCCAAGGGCUACUACGGUUACCCCAGGUGCCGGCCGUGCAGCUGCAACGCGGCCGGCACUACGCAAUGCCAGGACGGCAUCUGCGGGUGCGACGACAAGGGACAGUGCCCGUGCAAGGAACUGGCCGUCGGGCGACAGUGCGAUCAAUGCAAGGAGGGCACCUUCGGUCUCGCGGCGGACAACGCCAGAGGAUGCACCGAAUGCUUCUGCUUCCGGAGGAGCGCCCUGUGCCGUCAGGCUAGGCUCAGCUGGGGCCAACGCAGGCUGACGCAUCCUCGUGCGCUCUACACCAACGGCACCGACCACGACAUCACGAUCACGGACUUCGGCGCCACGACUGUAUUGCCGACAGUGAACGGCGGGUUGAACGUGACGAACGGCCUCACCGUGAUCCCCGGGUCCGACGGUGACGUCACGUUACCCUCGAAUCUCUACUACAAUUAUCCUUUGUACUGGAGAUUGCCGGACUCGUUCCUGGGCGACAAGGUUGUCUCGUACGGAGGAUUCCUGCGCUUCAAAGUCUCGACGGAGGACGGGAUACCUGUGCGAUCGAACCUCCGGUAUCCCCUGGUGCAGAUGCAAGGAAACAACAAGAUCGUGCUGGAGUAUUAUCUGCGCGUACCAGUGAGCGACGACCGCUAUGAAAUCAGAUUCCACGAGUCGCUGUGGCAAUUGCGAAACAGGCCGGAUUACAAGGUCUCCAGGGAGGUGCUGAUGGUGGCGUUGCAGAACCUGCAGUACAUCCUCAUCAAGGCCUCGGACAACUCUGAUUUCCCAAGAACCACAAAAGCUAGCUCGCCGCUCAACUUGGGCAUCUCGUUCAAACUUCUGGAGGCGUCUCUGGACGCCGCUGUCCUCACGCCCACGCACUCGCCAUCGCUGGCGAUCGGAGUGGAGAUCUGCGAGUGCCCACCGGAAUACAACGGCACAUCCUGCCAGGACCCGAGCAUCGGCUACUACAGGUGGCACGCGAACACCACUGCCGUGUCCACCGGCGUAGUCGAUUUCGUCGGGCAGGCCAGACGUUGCCAAUGCAACGGCAGAUCCGACGUGUGCGACAGAGAGACGGGAUAUUGCUUGGACUGCCGGGAGUACACGAUCGGCGCGCACUGCGACGUUUGCAUGGACAGUUUCUACGGUCAUCCGGAAUUCGGGGGCUGCAGGCCGUGUCCGUGUCCGCAGGUCGACAAGAGAUUCUCGAGCACCUGCGUGAUCCGCAUGGGCAUCGAACCCAUUUGUCACUGCAAACCAGGUUACACCGGCAGAAAAUGCGAGCGCUGCUCUUACGGCUAUUACGGCUUGCCCGAUCUUCCGGACGGCAAGUGCGUCCCGUGCAAUUGCAACUUGGCAGGAAGUGUGAGCGACGCCUGCGACGGCGAGACGGGCCAGUGUAAAUGCAGGCCCGGCUCCACGGGUAGAGAUUGCUCUGAGUGCACGGCGUAUCGUCAUGUUUACAUAAACGACGUUUGCACUACCUGCGACGACAAUUGCACGGGGAUUCUGCUCAACACCGUCGAAAUGAUGUCCGCGAGACUGGCCGCUGACACGAACGACAUAGCGGACGGCUACAUCCUGCCCCCAUGGGAGGCAUUGACGCAUAUCGAUUCCAACGCGACCGAGUAUCUCGGGGAAGUGGAGCUGCGAGAUCGUCUGCGACAGAGAAUGAGGAAUGUACCGUGGCACAAGUACAGGAAACUUGCAGAAGAAGUCGAGGCUAUGCUAAGAAACACGAAUACCUAUGCGAAGCAUGCCGAUACGCUGAAGACCAGAAGCAGCGAUCUGAAGAAUAACAUCUUCAGCGCGAAGAUCGAGGUCGAGAAGUUACGUAGGAAAAUCGAAGAUACAAUUUUACAGCUCAACCAGUAUAGCAACGACAACAGGAGGAUAGGCAUCAAGAAGGCCUUGAAAACCGGCAAGAUGAUCCUGAGCUACCUCAAGUCCGUCGACAUCAGCAAAAGAACCAUGGAAGUCGAGGACUUCCUCGACGAGGUUGCCAAGUACGUGGCAUGGCUGAACUUGCUUGAGGACGUGACCGAGCCAUUGGCAGCCAUCCAAGACGACACCGAAGAUUACACGGUGAAGUUGAACGACAUAACGACGGUGGUGGAGGAUACAAUGGAGACACUAUUCACCUACGACGGCUUGUAUAACGGUAUCAACAAGACGUUCAUCGACACCAAGGAGCAAUGUGCUCGUAUCGGCACGCUGCGCGGCGAGACGAAUAAAACCAUCGUCGAAGGGCAGAACCUCGUAGACGAAGCUCGCGGCUUCCUCGUCGACGCUGAGAACGAUAUCCAGGAUCUUCCGGGGUUGCAAGAUAAAUUGGCGCAUUGGAAGGAGAAGCUGACCAUGCGGGAGGAGAUCCUAUAUCGAUUAAAUUACGAGUACAAUCAGCAGUACGUGGUACCGGCGAUAAAGCAUGCGAAGAAUCUGUCGAGUUACGCCGACCAGUACGUCAGCCUGUUCGCCGAGACGCGGGACAUCGCGGCCAGUCCUCUGAAGGCCAGUCAAGCCUACAAGAACAUCGUCGACAGUCUGCAAAUGGCGAGGACCACUGCGCUGGCAGCCAAGGCAGCCGCCGAAGAAGCACACGAGAAGGUAUUCCCACCUUCAGGACAAAGGUCGCUGUUAGACGAAGCUAAGGAGGCGUUCUCCAAGUCUUCCCAACAAUGGGAAACAGCGAAAGAGCACGAUAAACUAGUCAAAAACGCGAACGCUGAGCUUGAAACGCAGAAACAUGCCGUAUACACGUUGAAAGACACAUUGAACAACACCGGGAUUAAGGACAACCAGAUCAACGUGAAACUGCGAGAGCUUCAGGGCAGCAGCAAAAAAUUUCACGAAGAUCUGCAGAAUAUACUGGACGAGAACGACAAAGUAAAAGAAUCGAUGAAAAACACGCAACGAUUGAUCGACGAUUAUAAUCAGGGUAUCGCUGAUAGACUGAAACCAAAGUUGAACGAACUGAAACGCGAGGGUGACUCGAAGAUCAGCUUGGCCAGCGAAAAACUGACGGAGGCGCUGAGUAACAUUAAGAAAGCUGACGCGAAGUUGAUAAGCUUGUCAAACGCUGCGAUGAAGCGAAAAGCCGUUUUCGAUAAAUGGAACGACACGUUGGCUACAAAACUGCAGAACCUCAAGGACAAGAUCGCGGAGGCUCGUAAUACCGUCGACGGAAUUCGCGUUUCUGUGAAAUCGGUGGAUGGCAAGCAAUGCAUUCGUUCCUACAGACCGGAAACAUUGCAACCUUCGGCGACCACCUCGAUCGUGAUGACAUUCGUGCUUCCGGCCGGGCGCAAAGAGGGUUCCCUGUUUUACCUGCCCAGUGGAAUAAACGACGACUUCGUCGCUCUGGAGAUAGUCGACAGGAAGGUACGAUUCCUGUGGAACGUCGGCGGCGGUACAGGCAUCCUGACGCAUCCGGAAGUCCUCGAAAACGGAGAUCUACAGAACGACAUGUCCUGGUACCGGGUCGAGGCUGAGAGAACUCGACAUAUAGGCAAGUUAAGUGUACGCAAGCAGACAUCCACGUCCGGGAGGUAUUUGCCUGUCAUUAAUUCGACCAACUCUGAGUAUGGUCGUUUCGACGUUCUGCCCACGGACCGAGUAUGGAUAGGAGGCAUUCCCAAGUCGCAGAGGAAGCCGAUGGAAUUAAUUGCACCCAAUGGUCUUCCGGGUUGUGUGCAUCAGGUGAUCCUCGACGGGAAGCAGAUCGGCCUCUGGAACUUCAUCUCGACCGCGCCGGAUAUGGCUUGCACAGCCUGCGUAGAAGGGGUGGUAGACGCCAGAGACGACAUAGCUUAUAGUUUCAACGGCAAAGGUUACGCCGUGAGAAACAGAGUCUCGUCCGUCCCGUACAUCUGGUCUCUCUUCGGAGUCUCCUUCAGUUUUCGAACAUACGACGAGAACGCAUUGCUGUUCUUAGCGAUUAAUCCAGAUAACAACCAACACAUUAUGAUCUACCUACGGGAGGGCAAAGUGAUUCUCCACGUCGGCUAUGGCGGGAACGUCAGUAUGGAGAUGUCUUCGACCUACAAAUACAAUACCGGCAAUUGGACGAAGAUGGACGCUUGGAGGCAGUAUCUGGUGCAAAAGAACAUCGAGAAGUGCAGUCUGUCCAUCGACACCGACGACGACAAACGGAUCGGUGCACCCACACCUCAGCCCAAGAAGGAGGACAUUCCUAACUUGGCGCGGGCCAAAUACUACAUCGGCGGCUUGCCGCCGAGUUUCCGUGCCGACGAUGUGGUAUUACCCUCCCAAGUGUCGUUCCUCGGGUGUAUGUCGAACAUCGUGGUGCAAGAUGGUUACGACCCGAUGGCGGAACUGUACUACGGAGUGGAACCUAGUUGUCGUAACAAGCCAUUGACGGUAGUCGGGUUUUACGGGGACGGGUACUUGGAGCAUCCUGCGUCCACCUUGAAGAAGAAACACUCCGUUCUGAGCUUCUCCUUCAGGACAGUGCAAGAGGCGGCCAUGCUGCUUCUUUCUACAUCCGAAGGUAGCGAAGUCGGAUCAUCAAGCGGUACCGACGACAUGAACCAAGAACAGAAUAAUAAGAAUUAUUAUUCCGUGUGCAUCGUCAACGGGCAAGUGCAAGCGCGCUUGAACGCCGGCCGGGGCGAGCUGCUUCUCCAAUCGAACGGCACCUUCAACGACGGCCGGUACCAUUCGGCCACCGUCAUUAAGACGAGAAAAGAGAUAGAGCUGAGAAUCGACGACGCGUAUCAGAGCACAGGAAGAUUGCCCACCAGCGCAGCUAUCAAGGCUCCGAACGUCAAUGGAGGGCUAUUUUUCGGCGGGCUACCGGCUCUCAUCAAUAACACGAAGAUGGUCACCACCCAUACGCCGUUGUACGGCGCCAUCAAGGAUGUGAUCAUCAACGAUCAAAUCAUCCGUUUCGAUGACGCUGUUAACUUCGAUCACGCUCUAAUUGGCCGCUCCGGGCCAAGUAUGGGGAAAGAUCCACCGACCUACGUACCUUCAGCAUCGCUCUCCCGGGGAAUGUCAACGCAACCUGAGGGUUGCCAGAAGGUGCCGUACUAUUCGUUGGAACCGGGCGCCUUGAAAUUCGGCGACAAACCGCACAGUCACACGCAGCUCUAUCUCAACUUCAAGAAGUUCUGGGAGAAGAAGUACAUGAUCGAGUUCGACUUCAGGACGUAUUAUCCCAACGGACUGCUCUUCAUCACUCCGGGUCUCAGGCUGAAGAAUCAUCUGAUGGUGAUCAUCCAAGAUGGGCAGCUUCUUCUAUCGCUGAAGGGCAAACAACAGAGACAGAUGCUAUUCAAAACGCCGUUCAACGACGGUAACUGGCAUCACGUCGUUCUCAGCCAUGACGACAGAAAGCUCACUCUACUGGUAGACACCCAGACACCGCGUAUCCUCAAAGUACCGAGGAGAGCCGGUUUAACGUCUAUGAUGUACAUAGGCGGCCUUCCGGAGAGCGGAACACCUUUCCCAGAUAAUGUGAUCAGCAAACUGGAGACCCUCAAGGGCUGUAUCAGAGGUUUGCGAGUCAACGGGAAUGUUUAUGACAUGGUGGGCUCCACCAGUAGAGCCUUCAACGUCGGCCAAUGCUUCCCGAGCGUCGAGAGCGGCGCGUAUUUCCAGGACGAGGCGUACGCCAUUUACCAGAAAAACUUUGAACUGGGUGCCGUGCUUGAGCUCCAACUGGAAUUCAGGACAUCAGAACUGUCUGGCGUGUUGCUGUCGAUCAGCGCGCCUGAUGGCUCACCCUCCUUGGCGCUAGAGCUCAACAACGGCAGGGUGAUCAUGUCGGGCGAUUUGGGUGACAAUAAUCCGCUAUACGUAGAGCAGCGGUUCGCCAGUCCGUACGCUAUCUGCGACAAUCGAUGGCACCGGAUUCAGGCGGUAUAUAAUGAUGAGGAGCUGGCGCUCAAGGUGGAUGAGCUGGAUCAGAAGUACGGCCUGCCCACGAAGGCCAAUUAUCACUUUGCGGACUCCACUGCUUACGGGCCGUUGUAUAUAGGCGGGAUACCAGCAUCCGCUCAGAAAGGCUCGCUGGUAACGCGGGAUCACUUCAACGGAUGCAUUAGGAACGUAAUGAUAGGAGGAGAAAGACGGGACUGGACAGACAUGGAUGAAUUGCACAACAUCCAUUUGAGUUCUUGUCCGGUUCAAUGACAAUGCACGGUGAAGAAAGAGGAUGGGUGAAGCUCAGCGUUCAGCGUUUAGUUCCAAAGACUGCUCGAAGAGUCGUGUCGGGAGUUCGCGAUCGCACUAGGAUUAACGUACCAUAUUCGCAUGCGGACGGGUUCUUAACACAUUGUAGAUCGAAGAUGUGAAUUGAUAUCUUUAGCUUUUUGUAGUAUUGACAAGCAGAAAACUCAGUUUUCCUCUCCAGGAAAAAUAGCGAAAGCGGAUUUAUUAGUCAAUUUUAUCAUAAUAUUCUCUUCUAAAGGACAAUAUAUCAAUCAAUAAUGUACUAGAAAAGUAUUAUGAACAUAUUCAUUUUUUUUGUAUAUUACAAUUUUGAAUAAAACGUUACAUCUAUAUGUACGAUCUGCAAUGUAUUAAGAUGUAAAACCUAAACAAAGCCAAAAGAUGCUAAACCGUAAAUCGUUUCGUUAAGCUAAAUGUUGUAUAACGCGUGACACAGAAAGAGAGAGAGAGAGAGAGACUAUGCGCGUAAGUCUCUCAGCCCAAUAGAUAUAAAACAAUGACACGAAGUGUUUCUUUUUUAACGCGUGCGCGUACACACAUAUAACGUAUGUUAGACUGUAACAUUUUCACAAGUAAAUAGCGAGAUCACUGCCAUAUAUAGUUUAAUUGCUCGUAAGUCGCCAUAAGUCAAGCCAGACAAUUUGUACAUCAGUAUUUAAAGAAGCUAUUAUUUAUUAUCGUUAACGCGAAUCCGACUUCGUAAACGUCCUAUGGACGAAAUAGCGAAUAGAACAGCGACUACAUUUUGUACUUUUCUAGCAACAGUAAGAUCUCCGAUAAUAAUGUAAGGAUAUUACCGAAGUUAUUGAUACUGUGGUAUCGAGCUGGAUCUUAAUCGAGAGAUUUCAAGAGACACCCAAGUGCCCUGUAAAAAGAAAAGUGUCCUUUUCUAAAUCUUAUAAAUGCGAAGACGAGAACUUAAAAAAAAAUGUCUUUAACGUAACAUUUGUUUCGUAGUCUCUCUCGAUAAUCUCUCGAUGAAUUGUAAAAUAUUAUAUAUAUACAGAACAUUAACUAACAUUAAAUAACACGCACUUAAGUAUGCGAGCACAUUCUGUCCUGUAUAGAACGUACAUAUGUAAACGACGAAAGUACAACUA